AAUGGAACAGAAACUUGACAUGAGGUAAAACAAACAGCACUUAUGUUUUUUGAGCACAUGUUAUGUUACCCUUUUGCUUUAACUCUUGAAUCCUAUAAUUCACAUUUAUAUACCACCUUCCUUGUGGGGACACUUUUUUCAUCUCUCAACAUUCAUCACUAGUUAGAUGGAGAUGAACCAGAUGAGGAAUGGAGCUCAAGUUCUUGAUGGCUCCAACAUUAUGGAGUUGGUUGGAAAUGAGCAAGGCUUCAGUAACUAUGUGGACAGUAAGUUUCAUCAACUGGAUAAGGACAGAGAUGGGAAGCUUUCUUUGAAGGAACUCGAACCGGCUGUGGCCGAUAUCGGGGCUGCUCUUGGUUUGCCUGCUCAGGGAACCACUCCUGACUCUGAUCACAUCUAUUAUCAGGUGUUGAAUGAAUUCACUCAUGGAAAGCAAGAAAAAGUGAGUAAGAGUGAGUUCAAGGAAGUUUUAUCAGACAUUCUAUUAGGCAUGGCUGCUGGACUGAAGCGAGAUCCGAUUGUUAUACUACGGAUGGACGGGAAAGAUCUCUUCGAGUUUCUCAACGGUCCGGGUUUUGAUGCAGAAAUGACAUCCAUAUUCUCUCAGAUUGGAAACUCGAGUACUUCACUUCGCGAACAUGUGAUUGAAGCUUUUGGAAGACUCGACGUUGAUCGAGGAAUUCCUCCUACAUCAGAUUCUUGGGUUUUUAACAACAUUGUGGAUCCGGCAUUGUUGUCUCGAGGUUUGGAUAGACCUGUUACCGAUCAAGAGACUUUUAUGGAAGAAUUCAAGAAAGUGGCAUUGAAUGUGGUUGAUUAUCUUAAAGAGAAACCUGUCAUUGUAGCCCAUAGUGAAAACACCUUUGAUGGAAGCGGCGUCAAGAGACUCUUAUCGAACAAGUUUCAAAAAGACAAGACGAUGAACACGACUAUAGACAAUCUUCCAAAAGACCGAAACGGAAAAAUCUCAAAGAAAUAUCUGCGCGUGGCACUAGACGUGGUGUCUCCGUCCGCUGGUUUACCUCCCGUCGGUGCAAUUGAAGAGAUGGAUAAGGUUAUUAGUGAAACUUUUAAGACGGUGAAUAACGCAGACGAGACGACUAUGACGGUUAAAGAAGAAGAAUUCAAGAAACUUUUAACUGACAUACUGGAGAAUAUCAUGUUGCAGUUAGAAGAAAGUCCUAUUGCUGUUUCUUCAAACUCAGUUGUGCAUGAACCUUUAAGCUCAUCUUCUACACUUUUGCACCCAUCUUAAUUCUAGUAGUUCUAGUCAAACAAAAUAUGCGUAACCGGUUAAAAACUAAGUACAACAUUUAUUUACUUAUGCAAAUUGUUACGUCCAUCAUCCACGCGCCCCUGCAGCAUAAUGUCCAUGUACAACUAUCAACUGAGCUGGCUUAACGGGACCACGUCUAUCAUAUUUUAUCUGUCUUAAAUUUGAAAUAUUUAUUUGUCUAUCAUUUUAUAAUAUGAAUCAUUGGCUUUAUUAUA